AUGGUAUUGUUGCCUAAUAGACCUGCACCAGAAUUCAAAGGACAGGCUGUGAUUAAUGGUGAAUUCAAAGAGAUCUGUUUGAAGGAUUAUCGAGGAAAAUAUGUUGUAUUAUUCUUCUAUCCAGCUGAUUUCACAUUCGUGUGUCCCACCGAAAUCAUCGCGUUCAGUGAUCAGGUGGAGGAGUUUAACAGUCGAAAUUGUCAAGUGAUCGCCUGUUCUACAGAUUCUCAAUACAGUCAUCUUGCAUGGGACAAUUUGGAUCGUAAAUUGGGUGGAUUGGGUCAUAUGAAAAUUCCUCUGUUGGCUGACCGUAAACAGGAGAUUUCCAAAGCAUAUGGUGUAUUCGAUGAAGAGGAUGGUAAUGCAUUCAGAGGUUUAUUCAUCAUUGAUCCGAAUGGAAUUCUACGUCAAAUCACGAUCAAUGACAAGCCAGUUGGACGAUCUGUAGAUGAAACAUUACGACUACUGGACGCGUUCCAAUUUGUGGAGAAGCAUGGUGAAGUGUGUCCGGUGAACUGGAAACGUGGUCAACAUGGGAUCAAGGUUAAUCAAAAGUAG